UCAGGGUUCAAUCUGUGAGUUAGCAAUGCCCUGACUUAGAUCAGUCCAGAGGUUGUUUUAGGGUUUGAUCUGUGAGUUGGCCAUGCUUUGACUUAACCCAAAGGAGCCCAGACGUUGUUUCAGGGUUCGAAAAAAUUGAACUACGAUGCCAUGCCGUGGUAGCAAAGUAAUAUUAGACGUUCAUUAUGCACAACACCGCCUUUACUAAGCCCAUAUAAUCUUUAAUCUGUGAAUAUUGACCACUUCAGUGUUGAUCAAACAGUUUUUUUAUUGAAAUCAUUAAUCCCCUUUAUUCAAACACAGUGAUGGGAACUCAAUAAAAACUAUUCAAUUAACUUUUGCACUCGUUAUUAACGCGGUAUAAAAACCAAAGGCAAAACUGAACCACUAUGUCAACAAAGUUUACCAAACACUUAGUUUCUCCAGACAAGUUCACUAGACCUUUGCUAUUCUUAGAAAGAGGUUUUGUCAAAGUUUUUCAACUGUAGACARUAUUUCAUUAUAGAUGCAGUCGGACUUCAAAAAAGUGUCACAAUUUCAAUUAUAAUACUAGUUUUAUUUAAUUCCUAUAGGCCAAUUAAGUCCAGCCGGAACUCAGUAACCAUGGAGAAGGCCUGUCUGCUCACCAACCACAGAUGUAAUAGAUCUURAGUUAUCUUUGUCAAGGAGUUCUAGAAGUAUUCGAUUUUUAUUACGAAUGCUGGAAGUAUCUGAGCCAAUAUGGCUCUAAAAAGUAGCCUGUGUCCGAGAAUUCAGACCGAACCCGAGGAAGUUUGGCGUCCAACAAAGUCGUUUGUUGACAAAAGCAAACCGCUGAACAAAGUCAUCGUUUCAUUUGUGAAACCAACUGGAACCCCCGAGAUACGAUCUGAAGACCUCUACUCAAACAGCGUCAGCCCAACCAAGGAGCCUACAGAUAGUCCACGGUUUGAGCAUGCGUACAUCCCAGGUGACGUCAUACGUCACCUAGGCGCAUACCAUAGUCAGAUGACGAGUCACAUGACACCAAUAAGCACGUGCCUUGAUGAUGACGACGUGCAAUCUGAACGUUUGUAUGGUGAAAACGUUAUCGGGUACUCGCCGGGUGUGACGUCAAGAACAAAUAUCCUAUCCCACAUGGUGAAACACAAAACGUCUUGGGUGGAGAAUUCUAUACAGAAUCGUGUACAAACAGCACAAAGGACAAGCCCUAUUCUUGUGAAAGGAACGAAUCCAAACUCCUUCGAGACUCCUUACGAAAAAAGCCAGAGGUCCAAAGACACUAGUACUAAGGGGGUGAGGAACGGGAAACGAUAUGACCUGUUGCCGAUAUGCAAAUAUUUGGCGCACUUUCAAAACCAGAUGAAAAUGGCCAAAAAAGAAGAAAAAAGAUUACCACUAGUGCGUAUAAGCUCUGUGCAAAGAAUGCCCUCUCUGCCUUCUCCAAGUGAACAUCAAUCCCGUUUGCCAGGUUUUUACCCAAGAUUCUACAGAGGAAAGACGUUCUUCACCGAGCGCCACCAGUUUAAACCACGAGAGGCACGAUCUCUGCCCACACGAGGGGAAGCAGCAUUUAUAGAAAUAAGAGAACAGCUUCCUCGACUUUAUAGAAAACAAUAUAAUGCGCCGGUAGUCGUCAUGGGAAGAGAACAAAAAGCUAUAACAUCGUCGCGAGAAAAGGUGKCGCUCCCUGUUGUUACGUAACGGAUAGCCGUUUUGAACCAGCUGAGCUGAGAGUUUUUUAUAGCCAGUCAGAAUUGAGAAAAUUUGCAAAACUGAGUUAUCACUAUUCCUCUUGAAAUUUUGGAGUUCCAUGCCAUCAAAUGGAAAAAAAAAUGUUGCUUAUAAUAGUGACACAAUAUCCAAUAUUUUUAUUUCAUUGCCAGGCAUGUUUUUGUGUUUUCGUGGUCAUUUUUUACAAUCUUCAUGACAGUCAGUUUUGAAGUGACGUCGUUUCUAGAUCAUGGUUGGAAGUAGUUCGCAAGCAAAGUUUUGGUCAGCAAUAAAUAUAAGAGAAGGCAAAAAAGUUUGUACGAUAUCUUGACCUUUAAGUCAAUGUUUGGAGCUUUACAAAGUUAUCUUAGAAAGCAGAUAAAGUUAUUUUGAAAAAGGUUGGUAAAAGUUUUGUUGCAGAAGAUAUACCAAGCCCUUAAUGUACUAUGGGUGAUGGAGAUUGAUGUGAAUCCAAUCUGCCGGCGAUAGGUCCGACAACGAUAUGGAAUUUAACCAAACUUUGUCUGCACGUUUUUCCUGCAUAUUUUCUCAGAGCUGUGCUGACAUUUCAAUUUCAAUACAUAUUUCAAUCUUCGUAAACAAAAUUCUGCAACAAUUAUAACCUUCGCAGAACGUUCUUUUGAAAUAGCUGUAUAUAUUUACUAUAGAACUAUAGUUAGGAUUUAGAAUCUAGGAUAAUAAGGAUACUGAAGAAAAGUAAAAAAACCCACAUA